GAGUGAGAGGGAAAGAGAGAGUGAGAGAGGGACAGAGAGAGUGAGAUAGGGAAAGAGAGAGUGUAUUAAACACAGCAAUAGACAUAUACAUAGAUAAGUAGAGCAAACCACAAUUCAUUCUCUCUCCACCUCUUUAUAUUUCCUUUUGUUCUUGAUGGGAGAAUGUUAUGAUUCUCCUCUACAUUAUAUGAAGAUAUUGGGGAAUGGGAUUUUUAAAAUAAAUAUUCUUCACAAUGAUAAAUGCAUUCUGGAUGUAGCUGUUUUCCUGAGGAAUUAUUCUGUCUCGCAUUGGACUCCAAAUGAAAGCCUCUAAUUAACUGUUAAUUGAAAUUCAGGACUUUUUGGUGUUUUUUCUCCGAAUGGACUAAAGCUGAUUUUAAUACUUUUUUCUACUAUUGAAUUUUAAUGGGAUUUUACUAUCAAGGAUUAAGGACAUCUUUUAUCUUCUAGUGAUAUAUUUGUGAUUGUUACAAUUUCUCCUAUCUACAAACACAAUUACAUUUAGAAUCACUCCGUAUUAAGGGUUAAUUAGUUCACCCUCCCUCAGUCUGAGGCUAUGAGAGGGAGAGAGGAGUCCCAGGCCUCACCAUCAUGCUACUUCUGAGAAGCAGGGAUGACAUUUUGGCUGCCAAUACACAAGGUAUUACAUUCCCACUUCUGGAUUAUGCCUGUCUGCGGCUGCCACAGCCCCUCCCACCCUCAGGAAAGGCGAGCGUCCCCCACGCCCCUGCCCCCCCAGGAGGUGAGACGUCCUCCCCGGCGCCGUGCGGCCCUCUCCUCCCUCUCCCUGUCCCUCCUGGGCCUCCUGAUGUGCCUGUUCCACCUGCCCCCCGCCUGUCACUCUCGCAGAGACAAGGGCGGGGGCGUGGCCCACUACAUCCCCAUGGCCCAGCCCCCCCACCACCAGGUGCUGCCCAAGCUGGUGCAGGGCCUCAGCAUCGCCGUGGUGCUGGUGGGCAACUCUAGCGAGGUGGCGUUGGCGGGCGCCCGGGAGAAGGACGACUUCCUGCACAUGCCACUGGCGCCCAACGUGGAAGUGCUCACCAUGAACGAGACGGACCCAAAGAGCAUCAUCAAGAGCAUAUGUGACCUGAUGACAGAGCACUGGCUACAGGGUGUGGUGUUCGGGGACGACACGGAUCAGGAGGCCAUAGCCCAGAUCCUGGACUUCAUCUCUGCACAGACACACAUCCCCAUCCUGGGGGUCCGCGGUGGCUCCUCCAUGAUCAUGGCUGCCAAGGAUGACAACUCUAUGUUCUUCCAGUUCGGCCCGUCCAUCGAGCAGCAGGCCUCGGUCAUGCUCAACAUCAUGGAGGAGUACGACUGGUACAUCUUCUCCAUCGUCACCACAUACUACCCCGGAUACCUGGACUUUGUCACCAAGAUCCGGAGCACCAUAGAGAACAGCUUUGUGGGCUGGGAGCUGGAGGAGGUUCUGCUGCUGGACAUGUCAGUGGACGAUGGAGACUCUAAGAUCCAGAACCAGCUGAAGAAGCUGCAGAGCCCCGUCAUCCUGCUGUACUGCACUAAGGAGGAGGCCAACACCAUCUUCGAAGUGGCCCACUCCGUAGGGAUCACGGGCUACGGCUACACCUGGAUCGUCCCCUCGCUGGUAGCUGGGGACGCUGAAGUGAUCCCUGCCGAGUUCCCUACAGGUUUAAUCUCUGUGUCGUAUGACGAGUGGGACUACGGCCUGGAGGCUCGCGUGCGCGAUGGGGUGGCUGUCAUCGCCAUGGCAACCUCCACCAUGAUGCUCGACAGGGGGGCACACACCCUGAUGAAGUCUGAGUGCCACGGGGCCACGGACAAGAAGGGGCCCAUUGCUGGGAACCCCAAUGAGGUGCUCAGGUACCUGAUGAACGUGACGUUUGAGGGCCGGAACCUGUCCUUCAGUGAGGACGGCUACCAGAUGCAUCCCAAACUGGUCAUCAUCCUACUGGACAAGAUGAGGCAGUGGGACAAGGUGGGGAAGUGGGAGAACGGCUCCCUGUCCAUGAAGUACCACGUCUGGCCUCGCUUUGAGAUCUACUCAGGGGCAGAGAGCCGGGAGGACGACCACCUUUCCAUCGUUACGCUAGAGGAGGCUCCGUUUGUCAUCGUGGAGGACGUUGACCCCCUCAGUGGCACGUGUAUGAGGAACACUGUGCCCUGCAGGAGACAGCUCCAAACAAUGUGAGGGGAAAACUCUCCACACUGUCUAGUGCCACUUACAAUGUCUGUUACACAAUGUAUAUCCUUAAUACUACUGUAAUGUGUAUAAUACCACAGAAAUGAUCACAAUUCCACAACAAUGUAUUCAACUAUAAUGUAAAGUAUUGAUGUCAAAGCAGUGUCCAAGUCUAUCAUUUUAAGCUGUAUAAUAAUUCUAGUUAUGCCCCUUAUAGUGGAACACAGUAUCCACCAUAAAAGCCUUUAGACUCAAACUCCAUUCUUACAGUACUUUAUGAGUAUCUGCCAUCUGCCUCCAGUAUCUCUACAUCUGUACUGAGUUGUAUUAAGCCUCUAACUGUGUGGGUACGUCCUGUCCUGUGUCUCAAUAUGUUCCUCUCUCCACCCUGUCUCACU